AUGUCGUCGCCUUUGACUCCCACGCCCGCGUCACGGCCCGGUGCGCCCUGGCGGCUCGCCUCGGUGGCCGUCAUGAGCAGCGUCGGGGCCGCAUCACGAGCAUUCCUCUACGGCCUCAACCGGGUCGAGGUCACGGGGCUGGACAACCUGCUGGGCGUGCUGGACCGCCGCAAAAACGGGCAGCGAGACCGCGGCCUGCUGACUGUGUGCAACCACGUCUCCGUACUCGAUGAUCCCCUGAUCUGGGGCAUUCUCCCGCUGCGGUACGCCGUCGACGUCGAGAACCUCCGCUGGGGCCUCGGUGCCCACGACAUCUGCUUCAAGAACCGCUUCUUGUCGGCCUUCUUCAGCUACGGCCAGGUGCUGCCCACCCACCGGCUGUGGCACUCGCCGCAAGGGGGCUUAUACCAGCCCACCAUUGCCCAGGCAAUCAAGCUCCUCUCCAGCCCGUCAUCCGUCAUCAAGCCCUCCGACAUGACCUUUUCCACAAACGGCACCGACUGCUUCGUCUCGCCCUCUGCCUUUGCCGCCAACCACUAUGCCUGGGUCCACAUCUUCCCCGAGGCCUGCUGCCACCAGAACCCCGACAGUACCCUGCGCUACUUCAAAUGGGGUGUAUCCCGCCUGAUUCUCGAGAGCGACCCGGCACCCGAGUUUGUCCCCAUGUUCAUCCAUGGCACGCAGAACAUCAUGUCCGAAGAUAGAGGGUUCCCGCGUUUCCUGCCGCGCAUAGGCCAGCGAGUACGAGUCAUGAUUGGGAAACCAACCGACGUCGACAGCCUCUUUGGCCACUAUCGCACUUCUUGGAAGCGGUUGGUUGAGAAGAGCGGCGACCCCGAUCAGCUGAGACACGAUCCAGAGGCGGUGCAGCUCAGGGUCGAAGUUGCAAAGGCGGUUCGCGACGAGAUUCAAAAGCUCAGGUUGAGCAUGGGAUUCGCUCCGGAGGAAGACGAAACAGCCGCCCUUGCCGAGACGUGGUCCAAGGAGCCGAAUAAACGUAAAUUCAAGAGCCCCGUAGAUGGGAGCCUUGUCAAUAGACACUGA